AUGUGUUAUUUGAAGAGUGAAGUCAGGAUCAAUAUACAGGGUGAAACAACCCUUCGCCCCCCCCCCCUCAAUACUGUCUCAUUUUUAUGUAGCUACGUAUGCACCCUAGAUUUUGUUGUUGGUUUCAGAUGCAGGCCUGAUGAAAUAGUUCAUACAGAAAAGCCCAUACAGUACAUCCAGCACAACCUUCCCACCACAGAGUUCUUUUAAAAAAAAUGUAAUAAUUGGAAUGGCAGGAAAACUGGAAUAACGUAUCCCUUAGGAAUAGGACAGACAAAUGGGAAUAAUAGCAGCAGAAUUGAGCAUGAGCAAUUGAGGACAAAGAAUAGGCAUGGGGAAGAGGUGAGCUCAGAAAUGGGAGCUGGAAAGUUGGAGACUUAGUGCAAGAGUGCAGACAUAUAGGGCAAGACUAUCUUACAGUGUCCUCACAAUCUGGUGCUCUGUCGUCAUUGUCAUCCAAGCAGCUCUUCCCAUUUAAGUCUGCACCCUUCUGAAGAAUGUCCGCACCAUCUCUCAAAAUCAAUGGGACGAUAGUUCGUGCCAGAACCUAGGAUCCUGAAUUCCCAAGCUAACCCCCUUGCGUCUCUCCACUGCCCUUCUACUUAGGAGUAAAGUGCAAGCCACAAAGUGGUUGAGCAUCAAACACAUUUAUUUCACUUUUAUUGAAUACAAGAACAGUGAGCACACACGCAUACACCACCAAGCACUGAAAGAGGAUAUGAUUGAAAGGGGUGGGGGGACAAAAAGAGGAAUGGGGUGCAAGAUGGCCAGAGGAGUUAGUGAGGAAGGAAUGACAGAGCGUUGCAGUUGGUUGGUAAAGUGCUUCUCAAAUUAAAAAGAAAGAAAGAAUAUAAUUAGUAAUAUUAUUCAUGCAAUUGCAGGGCAGUUUCGGAAUCAACUUAAGGGAUUUGGCGCAAACAAUCAGUUUCGUCUCCCACGCCCUUCAGAGGGAAAUGCCCAAAGAAAAGAAAAAAGAGUGGUCAGCUGCGUCUGAUGGAAGCAGUAGUGAAGAUUAAGGUAAGAGGAAGCCAUAACUUUAAAAAUUAUGCAUGGCUUCAACACUACCACAGAUAAUAAAUAUUAUAUAUAUUUAUAUAUAUUUAUAUAGAUGUCUAUAUAUAAGCCACAUCCUGCUAGGUGAACCAAAAAAACCUAUUUUUUUGUUAAUGGCUACCCAUCGGACAAGCUGCGGGAAUAAUAAUCCGAAGGAACAAGUCUAUUUUAGCUUUCCUCUGAUUGCCCAGUUGGAUUUUGAUCUUGAGCAUGUUGGGCUUGAUGCUGUUUACCUCCACAGAUUUGAGUGGCUGACUCACUUAUCCCAAUGUAUACCAGUGUAAGUGGGAUUGUGCUUUCCAUCUAGCUACUCAACAGUGACUUUUGAGCUGAUGUUAUUUUCUUUUUUUGAAAGUCAAAAUCAAAAUGCAAAGUUUGAGAAGGGAGGGUUACCUCUACCCCCAAAUUCCCUGUAACAAUGUCACCAAGAUCCCCCUGUGUCUUGGUUAUUUUUAAAAUUAAGAGCACAAGCUUUUUUGUGUUUUGUUAAGAUCAAUUUAGAGUUCUAUGUAUUUCACAUCCAUAUGUGGUAUUUCUUUGCUUUUCGGUUCUGGGGUAUUACAUGAUCCCUAUCAGCAACAGGAAGUGAACAAAUUAAUAACAGUCCUGAAAUAAAACUCAGGGAGAGAAGCAUAUAGUUGGAUACAGAAGUGGCAAUGACUUCUACAUCAAAGAAAGAAGUCUGUUUAUGUUCUCAGUGCUUUACGUAGGCCAUGUCUGCAUGCCAGAAGCAGAUCCAGUUUUAGAGAACUGUAAAGACCAACGACCCAAUGCUUUCUAUUGUAGCAGUUUACUGUAUGGGAAACAUCCACUUGACUAUAUUCAAGGAGGUCCUUUCACCCUAAGAUCUCUAGAUCCCAAUCACAGACACUAAUUAAAUGUCCUUCUCCAGCUAUCAUGUGUGCUGAGGAGGGAAGAUGUAAAAAGGCAAGCAUGGUGCAAUAUCUGUUGUUCUUUCUCUAACGUCUGGAGCCACUGGCUGCUUCACUUGGAAACUGGUUCAUUUUGGUUUGUUCCCCUUAACAUUAUGCAUCUGCUGUCUUUCCCCCCUCAAACAGUGGAUGAAGGCAAUUUGUGGAAAGCAGAGAAGGAAACCUUCCAAGUAUACCAGGUUCCAUUUGUAGCAGAGAAAGUUACAUUUGAUGCCUUCCUCAUCCACGAGCAGCGCCAGCCCUUAUGGGUUGUCCCUUUCUGUAACUGAAUGGAUGUACUUUCAAAGAGCCAGUGCUUCGCUUGUCCUCCGGUUCUAGGUUGACAGUGCUUAGAAGGAAGCCAUGAUGUUUCACACUGGUUCCCCACCUGCCGGAUACUCUCUGCAGAAGCUAGUGUCACCCUGGCCAAACACAGUCAUGCAGCAUACAGCAGGCAGGAUGGGGAGGCCUCCUUGUUUGACCUGGACACUCCCUUUGGAGGGCUAUCCAUUGCAGAUAUGAUGCUAAAAAGGGAGUCCUGUGGCCAGUAGGUCUGGAGGAACCACUUUAUAGUUUUGAAAAACUGACACACAGGGCAUCUUUGCUACAGGUAAAUAUUUAGGUCCGAGAGAUCAAAGCCUACUAGAUACUGAAAGGCUCUGAAUGAAGCAACCUGACCUCAUGUCCCCAAGGUGACCUGAGUCUCCUGGGCCCAAGGGAGGAGGGAGACCUUGGCACGCUUAAGUGACUAACUGGGCUGCAGUAACACUGAUCCAUUCUGUCUUCCUUGACUCCCUCUCCAGGUUGCUGAAUGGUGCCUUAUCACCAACCAACCAAUUACAAACACUACUGUGUCACUAUGUCUUUAG